GGCAUCAGUUACUCGUGGACUGAGUAAAUGGAAAGAUCAAGUGAAACAUUCAAUUUCAGUGAUCGUUUGAUCAAAUUGAUAUUUGACAAAAAACUUUGGAGAAACAUAUGAAAGCAAAUCACAUAAAAAAGCAGCAACAAGAACAAAAACCAAAAUUGAAUUGAAAAAUUAAAUUCAAAUUGUGAUAAUUAAAUUGUGAUAUUUAGCAAAAGUUAAUUGCGUGCGCCAUAUUCCAAAGUCUUUUCAAAAGAACAUUUUUUUCUCAACUUUCAAAACAAAACAAACAAAAAAAAACUAACAAAAUGCCUGAGCUCAUUGAACAAAGCAAAAUUAUCUCCGCCAAUGGUUGCGGUCUUCCCCAGCUGCACAAGCAGCGCCAGGACAAUUGUGGACUCUAUAGCCACAUUCGUGGUAUUCCCACCUCUUAUGGCGAUGCUAGCUCGCUGACUGCUGGCGUGCGCAGCUUUGUCGAGGAGGCAGUUGCUCUCUGCCAGCCUGAUCAGGUGCACAUCUGCGAUGGCUCCGAGCAGGAGAACAAGAUGCUCAUCAAGUCUCUGCUGGAGUCGGGCACAAUUGUCCCGUUGCCCAAGUACGACAAUUGCUGGUUGGCACGCACCAAUCCCGGUGAUGUGGCCCGUGUGGAGUCCAAGACAUUCAUCUGCACCGAAGAGCGUUCGGAGACGAUUCCCACGCCCAAGGAUGGUGUCAAGGGCACCCUGGGCAAUUGGAUUUCACCCGUGGAUAUGGAGGCAGCGAUUCAGGCACGUUUCCCCGGUUGCAUGAAGGGACGCACCAUGUAUGUGGUGCCCUUCAGCAUGGGUCCAGUGGGAUCGCCGCUCUCCAAGAUCGGCAUUGAGGUCACCGACUCCGCUUAUGUGGUGGCCUCGAUGCGCAUCAUGACCCGCAUGGGCGCCGCUGUCCUCCAGCAGCUGGCCAAGAAGGAGGAGUUCGUCCGGGCCCUCCACUGCGUAGGCACACCAGCCAACGGUGUGGUGGAAAUGCCCUCGUGGCCCUGUGAUCCCGAACGCACCAUCAUUCUGCACAAGCCGGCCGAGAAUCUGAUUGUCUCCUAUGGCUCGGGCUAUGGUGGCAACUCUCUGCUGGGCAAGAAGUGCUUUGCUCUCAGAAUUGGUAGCACCAUUGCCAAGCGAGAGGGUUGGCUGGCCGAGCACAUGCUCAUCCUGGGCAUCACCAAUCCCAAGGGCGUCAAGAAGUACAUCACUGCCGCUUUUCCCUCGGCCUGUGGCAAGACCAAUUUGGCUAUGUUGAACCCCUCUCUGGCCAACUACAAGGUGGAGUGUGUCGGAGAUGAUAUUGCCUGGAUGAAGUUCGAUUCACAGGGUGUUCUGCGUGCCAUCAAUCCCGAGAAUGGCUUCUUUGGUGUUGCACCCGGCACCUCGGUUGAAACGAAUCCCAUUGCCAUGAGCACCGUGUUCAAGGACACCAUCUUUACGAAUGUGGCUUCCACCUCGGAUGGCGGUGUCUAUUGGGAGGGCAUGGAGAGCAGUCUGGCUCCCAAUGUCCAGAUCACCGAUUGGUUGGGCAAACCCUGGUCCAAGGAGUCCGGCAAACCCGCCGCUCAUCCCAACUCUCGCUUCUGCACACCCGCUGCCCAGUGUCCCAUUAUCGAUUCUGCCUGGGAGGAUCCAGCUGGAGUGCCCAUCUCUGCCAUGCUCUUCGGCGGUCGUCGUCCGGCUGGAGUGCCCCUAAUCUAUCAGGCUCGUGACUGGACACAUGGUGUCUUCAUUGGUGCCGCCAUGAGGAGUGAGGCGACAGCUGCUGCGGAACACAAGGGCAAGGUGAUCAUGCACGAUCCCUUCGCAAUGCGUCCCUUCUUCGGCUACAACUUUGGUCACUAUGUGGCCCAUUGGCUGAGCAUGGAGAAGCGUGGACAGGUGCCGAAGAUCUUCCAUGUCAACUGGUUCCGCAAGAGCGAUGAGGGCAAAUUCAUGUGGCCCGGAUACGGUGAGAAUUCCCGUGUGCUCGAAUGGAUCCUGCGCCGUGUCAGCGAGGAACCCUGCUACGAGAAUUCCGCAAUUGGUCUGAUACCCGCUGAUGGGGAACUGAACGUGGCUGGCAUGAAGGAGAAGAUUGAUAUGAAGCAACUGUUCUCGCUGCCCAAGGACUUCUGGACUCAGGAGGUGAAGGAUAUCCGCACCUACUUUGAGUCCCAGGUGGGCGCCGAUCUGCCCGCUAGCAUCUACGCGGAGCUGGAAAAGCUGGAAAAACGCGUUGCCGACUUGUAAAUGAAAUUUGGCAAACAUAGAAUUUAUCACAAAUACCCCAUCACGCCCCCUUCUACACUCAUCACGCACACAUCUUUACCCGCCUUGCAACACACCUAUAAGCCUAAGCAAUGCUAUCCCCAAGCUAUAACCCAUCCCCCACCUACCUGAUCAUAAACCACAUAUAUACUCUAUACUUAUAUAGCCUGAAGACUACGCCAACAAUAUAUAAUUCUUCACAUAGUCGUUUCUAUAGCAUUUAAGUCGCAGACUUCCAAAACUAUUUAUUGUUUAAGCCUUCUAUUUUAAGCUUACUUUAAGAACUGUAUAAAUUUUGAAAAAAAAGAAAAUCUGAAAAAAAUCAAAAAAUUUAUAAUAAAACCAAAAGAUUUUAUCACAAAC